GGGAGGCAUUAUCACUUAUACACCUGUACGAGGUCCCUCUCUCUCUCUCUGUCAAAGUCUCAGUAAUAAACUCUAAGCUUUGAUUAGGAUGGCUUCUGACCAGAACGUUAAAGAUCUGAUUUUUGAAGGAUAUUUGAAAAAGCGAAAAGAUAAGAUGAAGUUUGCUUGGGCAAAAUAUUGGUUUAGGCUGCAAAACACCACUCUGUUUUUUUACACUGAAAGGAAUUGUGAAGCAAGUCACCUCCGGGGCCGAUACUACAUUCACACGGUUCAGUCUGUGAGAGAAGUCAAAGCUACCAACCACGAGUAUCUCUUUGAGAUAAUAAUGAAAAACGGGAAGAGGAAAUUGCUGGCUGCAGAAAGUUCGGACUUACGUGCAGUUUGGAUGGAGUUUCUGUGGAAGGCCAUGCAGCUUCCCGGACCUGGGAAGAAGAAUUCAGCGUGUACCUGGCAUGACAUCCCCUGCCUUAUUGAACGAGCAGCUUCUCUAUGCGAGGACACAGACAAACUACAGGUUCCCUCGAGGCUGUUCACGUCCUCAGACCCACUGAAUCAUGACUUCAUCUCAGCCACCGCACAUCUCCACAAAUCUCCAGCUGCGCCUCGGGAAACUCUGCUGAAGUGUUCAGACAUUUUCGAUGAACCUUACUAUGUGAACUCUAGUAGCGUCACAUUGUCCAGUACUGGGGAGGAGGAUGUGGAUUAUGAAACCAUACACUUAUCCACAGAUGUCACACGUAACCAGCUCCCAAAUAAAGCGGAGUUGAAGACAGACAUUGCUCAGAGUCCACGGUCUGAGGUUCCUGACAAAGUAAAUUGUCAGAGUGGGAUUUAUGAUGUUCCUAAAUCCUUUGCGAAGUUAAAGAUUGACGCCAAUGUUCGAUCUUACACUGAUAAACCGGUCACCUCCAGCUCCAAUACAGGACUGUUGGAUGAAAUAAUUUCAGACUGCAGGAUUUUGACAUGCCACUGGCUGGACUCCAUUGAGACACCCCAAUGAGUGCAGGAUACAUUUGGAAACUCCUGUAUCUGUCACAAUGAAUGUGUCUAUUCCAACUUAAUACCAGUUCCAGACUGGAGAGAGAAAAGGAGUUCCUACAAGAAACAAAUGAAACAGCACAAAAUACCUUCUACGUUAUUUGAUUGUGUUCCUCCUCCUUGGUUGCACACAGUCAUGCAUCAUUUUUAUUGUCUUCAUUACAUGCUGAAAAUAUCACCUAGGUAACUACGCCGGGUACAAAGUUACUCAAGCAUGCAUGGAAUAUGUUGUAAAUCAGUAAUAUUCAAGGAAAUAAUGUUUCACGCAAUUUGAGAGAGCCUCUGUUUCAGUAAUUGCUAAACUGCGAGUGUGCAUGGCACAUUUGAAUUUGUAGUAUAAUAUUAAUUUGCCCAGUAUAAUGUUAAAGCACUUGAGAAAAUACAUUUAUAUUAAUGGUGAACCUCCAGUUUAUGUGGUGGAGGUUGUGAUUCAGUUAAUCCCAUGCCAGAGGGUAACAUUUUGAACAGAGGUAAGUUGGAACUCUGUGUCUGCCUUAUACAACUAACCACAAAAUUCAGACAAUUAGUUGCAUCUGUGCGAUACACUGCUUCCUGUUUAAGUUAGGCCACUGUGCAUGUUGCUGCUUUUUAUAAUUUACACCAGUUGGCAGAAUUCACUGACAUACAGGAUUCUCUUAUGAGAUUCUGACCAAUUUUCUUCCAACCUCUCCUAAAGGUGCUGGUCCCUGUCUCAGGGCAGUUCUAUCUUGCUAUUCCCCAUCCUAGUAGCCACUCCUCAUGCUUAUACUGGAUCAGGUAUUUGGCCAUGAUGGCAUCACGAUGCUGGCCUGCAGCUGUACCUCCAGCAGAGGUCGCUGGGUACUGUGGUUUAUUCUCCUUAUCCUCCAGAUCAGGUCAGAAAUCACACAACAACAGGUUUAUUUGAAAACACAAGAUAUUGGAGCCGACCUGAAUAACACCUGAUGAGGGACUGAGGCUCCAAAAGCUUGUGAUUUCAAUAAACCUGUUGGACGAUAACCUGAUGUAACAAGGUGUGGAGCUGGAUGAACACAGCAGG